GUGUACAAGGUCGUGCAACGAUACAAGUUUGAACAGAGUCUGUUCGAUUAGAUUGUUGUUCAUCGAUGAUUUGGUCAACUGAAAAACGUCCAGAAUUCAAAUGUCUAUAGUUUCCCUUCAAAUCGGCCAAUGUGGUAAUCAAAUUGGAGCAAAAUAUUUCAAUACUGUAUAUGAUGACUGUUGUGUCAAGAAAAAGCCACUUUUAUCAAAAACUGACACAGAAUAUAUUAGGGAUUCAUUAAAUACAUUUUUCUACGAAUCUUCAAGUAAAAAUUUCGUUUAGAAUUUGACUUUGCUUCAGAAGGAUGUUUGACAGCCAGGUGUGUUCAGAUAGAUAUGGAAGAAAAGGUUAUUGCCAGUGUCACUAAAAGUACCUGUCGAGAAAAGUGGGGUUACUCUCCCAAUAGCUUUUUUACAUCCAAAUGUGGCUCAGGUAAUAAUUGGGCGUACGGUUAUUUCGUUCAUGGAAGUGAAUUUGAAGAUCAGAUACAAUGUUUAAUUCAGAACCAACUAGAAAAUUGUGAUUCACUAGAUGGAAUCUUGGUAACAAUGAGUUUAGCCGGUGGGACAGGUUCUGGUGUGGGCACAAAAAUACUCACACAUUUAUCUGACAUUAUACCUAAAGCGUGUGUGCUCUCACAAUUGAUAUGGCCAUUUACACGUGGUGAAGUGUCUGUUCAAGCUUAUAAUGCUAUACUUACACUUGGACAUUUGUUGUCUCCAUCUACAGCCAAUAGUCUCGAUGGUUUCAUAAUGCAUCAUAAUGAUACGUUACAUGCAAUUUGUUCAAAUCGUCUUUUGGCUAGUGAUCCGAAUUGUCAAAUCGGUAUAGAUCAUUUAAAUGCCCUUCUUACUCAUCAGUUAGCUGGGAUUUUACAGCCAACUAUAAAUUAUACUGAAACAGGAUAUUUUAAAGAUAAAAAACGUUUAACAUCGUAUUUAUUGGAUCUAUGUGGACAUCCUGAUUAUCGAAUAACUCGUUUACGUUGCUUACCGUAUAUGCCUGUAGAAAAUCGUAAAUUUUGUACAGAAACUUGGGCUCAAUUAGCCCGUCAUGCUAGACAAAUGUUAUUGACGGGUUCCGCUGUAGAAGAUAAACUUGAUUGGUCAGCCAGUGCUUCAAAUUGUGGAUCUAAUAACCGAAUUGAAAAUUCACGGCUUCCAUUACUUUCCUAUUUAUCUGUAUUGCGAGGUGACGGAGCAAGUGAUCAUGUUCGAGAUUCGAAUACUUUUGUUCAUUCACUUACUAGGGAUCUUUUGAUUUCUGGACCUUCACCAGCUCCUGUUCCUUCUUCUUUUGGCUCAGUUGUUCGUGGACAUCAGCGUCAUUUUGGAGAUUACCCUCGUAGUUUGUUUGUUGCUUCUAAUGGGGGUGGCUCACGUAUAGACAAUGUUUCUACUGCUGAAACUAAUCGCAAAGAAUUAUGGAUGUCUGCAGCAUCGUUAGGUGAUACAUCAGCUAGUUUAAAAUAUGUAUCCCUUCGUGCCUGGGAACUGUUUGCUUCUAGAGCAUACAUACAUCAAUAUGAAAAAUAUGGAUUGACAACAGAUAUCUUUAUCGAUUGUGUUGCUACAGUAGAGCAAAUCGCACAUUGUUAUUCUACUCUAUCAUGGCACUAAACAUUUGUGGGUUUCAUUUUUUACUUAUUCAUCUUUUGUACAUAUUUUCUUUAAUAUUUAAAAAAUGAAUCAGUCUGACUUCAUUUUUUAUUCAUUAUUGUUUUUUGGUAGCGGUUUUACUUGGUUCCUGAACGCUUGAAAUUUCUUUGUUGUUUUCUCUUUACCAGUCCUUUUAUUUUAUAAAGUUAGUGACCACCGUGUUCAAAAAACCGUCUUUCAUUACAUGUAUGUUUUAUUUUUUUGACAAUAUUUGCUAGCUCUU